AUGUUCAAGUCGCUCUUCACCCUCCUGACGCUCGCCGUCGCUCUCGCCUCUGCGUUCCCGUUCCAGGGAAAUUUGACACGGCGCGCCCCCGCGCAGGUCAUCACGAAAUGCACCGUCCCGAACACUGCUGCCUUGACCUUUGAUGACGGUCCCUAUGUUUACCUGUAUGAUGUGAGCAAGGCCCUCAUCGCUGCUGGCGCCAAAGGCACUUUCUUCUUCAAUGGCAACAACUUCGGUGGUUGCAUCUACAACGAGGACCAGGCGAAACGGGUCAAAUACGCCUUCGACAAGGGCCACCAAGUCGCCUCGCACACCUGGAGUCAUGCCCACCUGAACGCUCUCAACUGGGACCAAGCGCAUCACGAUUUCUGGCUUAUUGAGGAGGCCCUUAUGAAGAUCACCGGUGCCUACCCCGCUUUUGUCCGACCGCCUUUUGGCGAAUUCAACGACAACAUCCGUGAGGUCGCCGGCGCCCGUGGCCAAACCAUCGUUAACUGGGACUUCGACUCUGGCGACACCUGGGGCAUCUCUACCGCCGAGAGCAACCAGCGGUACACCGACCUCGCCAACUCGCGUCCCUCCACCGUGCUGACUCUCAACCACGACGUGCACCAACAGACUGCCCAGGUCAUCGUUCCUCACGCCAUCAAGACCCUCCAAGCUGCCGGGUACCGCCUUGUCACCGUCGCUGAAUGCCUCGGUAUGCAGCCGUACCAGUGGACCGCUGCUCCACAGCCCCGCGAUGCGACUUGGACGUGUCAGGACAAGCCCGUCAUCCGUAACUAA